AUGAAGCUUGACAGCAGGAAGUCAGAUAAUGGUGUGACAGAAGAUGGAGGGGCAAGGGCCUCAGGGAGACUUGCUGAUGUGGAACAACUUGUCUCUUUACUUAAUGAGAAGAGUGAGAUAAGAGGGGGCAUGGCUCUCUGGUGGCAGCAACUCUGUGCAGUGACCAGGCUUCGCUUCUUGAAGUUAAAGUACGAAAGGAAAUCCAUCGUUAUCCUGAUUCUGAUUUUGGGGAUUGGACUUCUGCAUAUCCUGUCAGCAAAUGUUCACAGGAUAGUCAAUCAAAGUGACUACUGCUGGGAGCUCGCUCCUCAUAUGUACUUCCUCACACCUGGCCAACAACCACAGGUGCCCCUCACCAACUUACUGAUCGUCAACAAAACAGGAGCAAAGAUUGAUGACUUCAUACAUUCACUGGAGCAACAGAACAUAGCUUUGGAAGUUGAUGCCUUUGGGACUAGAAAUGGCACAGAGGAUAUUCAGUAUAAUGGAGCUAUCAUCCUAUCAGGGGAUGAGAAGAAUUACAACUUUACAUUGGCAUGCAAUACCAAGAGACUGAAUUGUUUUCCGGUUCUGGUGGAUAUUGUGAGUAAUGGGCUACUUGGACUGUUUGCACCAUCAGCACACAUUCAAACCGACCGCAGCACAUUUCUUAAGGUUGGUAUGUUCUUAAUUUCUUCAAGAAGUGAUCGUGUAUUUAACAACCCAGAAGAACCAGACGGGGAAGAUGAAGAUGUGGGUCUAGAGAGAGUGUGGACAGCAAAUGCUUUGACUUCGGCGGACUUCCACGAGAAGCCAGCCAUCAUUGCCAGCUGCCUUCGCAAGGAGUACAAGGAAAAGAAGAAAUGCUUUGUUCUUAAGAGCAAGAAGAAGAUAGCCACAAGAAACAUCUCCUUUUGCGUUCGAAAAGGUGAGGUUGUAGGAUUACUGGGACACAAUGGAGCCGGUAAAAGUACAACCAUUAAGUUGAUAACUGGAGAAACCAAACCAAGCUCUGGACAGGUGCUGCUGAAGGGGAACAGCACAGGGGAUACCCUGGGGUUCCUGGGGUACUGUCCUCAGGAAAAUGCUCUGUGGCUCAACCUGACGGUGAGGGAACACCUGGAGAUAUUUGCAGCUGUAAAGGGGAUGAAAAAAAGUGAUGUUCUACUGUCUCUCUACAGGUUGGCGGAUGCGCUCAAGCUGCAGGACCAGCUGAAGUCUCCCGUGAAGACGCUGUCAGAGGGAGUGAAGAGAAAGCUGUGUUUUGUGCUCAGCAUCCUGGGAAACCCUUCCGUGGUGCUUCUGGAUGAGCCGUCCACCGGAAUGGACCCCGAGGGGCAGCAGCAAAUGUGGCAGGCAAUCCAGGCCACCUUCACAAACACAGACAGGGGUGCCCUCCUGACCACCCAUUACAUGGCCGAGGCUGAGGCUGUGUGUGACCGCGUGGCCAUCAUGGUGUCUGGGAGACUGAGAUGUAUUGGAUCCAUCCAACAUCUGAAGAGCAAAUUUGGCAAAGAAUAUCUCCUGGAGAUGAAGGUGAAGACUCCCACGCAGGUGGAGCCCCUCAACAUGGAGAUCAUGAGGCUCUUCCCCCAGGCUGCUCGGCAGGAAAGAUACUCUUCUCUGAUGGUCUAUAAAUUGCCCAGGGAAGAUGUGCAACCUUUAUCCCAGGCCUUCUUCAAAUUGGAGACAGUUAAACAGAACUUUGACCUGGAGGAAUACAGCCUCUCACAGUCCACCCUGGAGCAGGUCUUCCUGGAACUGUCCAAGGAACAGGAGCUGGAUGGUUUUGAAGAGGAACUUGAUCCCUCAGUGAAGUGGAAGCUCCUCCCACAGGAAGAGACUUAACACUGAAAUUUUUAGCUAUGGCUGUUUUUAUUCUGUAGUUGCUCAAAGCAAUUUUGUCUUUAAUGCUACAUAGCCAUUGUGGAUGAGUAAACCAUUUGGCCAUGGAAAUAGAAGGUGCUGCUUACAUUAUGAGUAUACAGAUCUUACGGGUGGGAUUAGAAUCAUGGAAAAAGCCAUUGAACUAGCUCACUCUCUAUAAUUUGUCUUUGUAAUAUCAUCAUUUUAAAACACAUUAAUUGUAUGUAUUCCUGAGUUUAACUGUUUGUUUAAUUGUUAUAGCUGAAGUUGUGACUUUUCUGUACAUGUAUGUGUUAUGCAUAAAGGACACCCAUUCUCUUUUCUGUCCUUUCUUAUCAUUCUUCCCUCAGCACUCUUCAUAGCCCCUUAUGUCCUUCUAUUUUCUAUAUUUGGUUUGGUAUAUAUUUCUGCAUAUAAGAGAAAGAAUAUACUUCUGGAGUUUGUGUCUGUCUUAGUUUGUUCAGCAUGGUGCCCUCCAAUUUCAUGUAUUUUCCUUCAGAUGACAGGAUUCUCUUCUUUGUCGCAUGUUAAUGUGUUUGUGUAUAGAUAUUACGUUUCUUUAGACCUUCGUUUGUUGAUGAGGUUCUAGACAGUUUCUUUAUCUUGCAUAUUGUGACUAGUACCAUAAUAAACAUGAAUGUGUAUGCAAUUCUUUUUAAUGUUAACUCACCUAUUUUCUAUAUGUAUGCAAGAUUGGAAGAAGUGGAUCCUAUCACAGGGAUUCUUUUGGCUUUGAGAGGAUUUCUACCCUGAUUUGUAGAGUGGUUGUAUCAUGAAUACACAUUUCCACUAGUCCUAUAUUAUCAUUGCCUUUUCUCUAAAUUUUUAUCAGCAACUUUUAAAAGUUUAACAAUAGCUAUUCUAACAAGGAUGAAAUAGAUUCUCAUUAUAGCUUUGGUUUUAAAGUUUUUCAUCUCCCAUGAGACAAGAAUAGAUUUUUAAAAUGUAUUUAUUAGCCACUUAUGGUUCUUCUUUUGAGGAAUGGCUAUGCAAUUUUUUACCCAUUAGACUGAAUUACUUAAAGGUUAGAUAUAUCUUUUAGUUCUUUAUGUACCAAAUAUAUUAAUGUUACAACAGAAGAAGAGCUGGUGAAUAUUUUCUCUCACUCUGUGGGUUGUCUCUUUGCUUUUGUAACUGAUUACUUUGUAAAAAAAAAAAAAACCUGUUCUGGUUGAUUUUUGUCAACUUACAUAAACCUAGACAUAUCUAAGAAGAAGAAAUAUUAAUUGAGAAAAAUUAUUUCAUAAGAUCAGCACAUAUAUAAUUCCAUGGAAUUUUCUUGACUAAUAUUAACAUAGAAGAGGCAAGCUAUCUAGAAACAGGCCCUGCCUGGGAAGGUAGUCUUGGGCAGUAUUAGGAAAAAAGCUGAGCAGGAUAUGAGAAACCAACCAACAAGCCAUUCUUCAAUGGCUUCUUCUUUACUUCCUGUCUUCAGGUUCCUGCUUUUAGUCC